AUGAAAACCCGCCUUUGUUUCGUCGAUGUGGCGUUGUGGUGUUUCGUGGUGUACCUGGCGUGCCACGUGCCCUCCAUCGAGAUGCGCGUGGACGACCUGGAGCAGCCAGCUAUGAAGUACAAAGAGCCGCCGGCGCCGACACAGCGUCCAGAGCCCCCGAGGCAGGAGUUGCGCCGCGGCAAGUGCUUCCACAUGCCCCGCUCGCGCUGCCCCCCAGAGGGCGCCAGGUGCACCAGGGUCGACCCCGUCUCCGUGCUCUGCUGCGACGUGGACAGCUUCCGCCUGAAGGAGGGGCUCGCCAUUGUUAUGACGCAGAACACCACGAACCUCCACGUGCUGAACGCCAACAUCGAGGAGUUGGACGUGUCGCAGGCGGUGUUCAGGCGCCUGGCCUCGAUGGCCUUCACGGACGGGAACAUCGGCAAGAUCGUGGGCCAGUUCCCGAAGUACUCGCCGAUCGCCUGCCUCAACAUAUCGAACAACAAUCUGACCAGCGCCAAGCUGCAGCCCUCCAUCCAGCGCCCCUUCGCGUACCUCUUCAACCUGACGAUGCUCGACGCGUCCGCCAACAACCUCACAGAGUUCCCGCUCAGCCUGGUCCAGAGCAACAGGAAGAUAUCCGUCGACCUCUCGGGCAACAACUACCUGCCGUGCAAGCACUUCCAGAAGGCGAUGGAGACGAACAACAGCUCGCUGGUGACCUUCGUCAACUACAACCAGACCUUCUGCGCGCUGGACCUGCGCUUCAACUGGUUCAAGGACGUGCAAAUAGUCCAGAUAGACCAUCUGCGCGUGCAGAAAGAGCUGAACGCGAGCUGCCGCAACAUAAAGCCGGCCAGCAUCAACUGCACGUGCGUGCCCGAGCGGCUGGAGCUGCUGGGCGACGAGGUGACCAACCUGGUGGCGGUCGACUGCUCGCUGCGCAACCUCACCCAGCUGCCAGCCGACCUGCCGCCCAACACGGUCAAGCUGAACGUCUCCUACAACAAUAUCACGUCGCUGGGCGCGGUGAGCGACGACCCGUCGUACGAGCACCUGCGCCAGCUGAUCGUGGACCACAACGACAUCGACAACAUCGUGGAGCUGGAGGGCACCAAGUUCAUAGACAACUUCAUGUACUUCUCCAUCGGCCACAACAAGCUCAGGACGAUCCACACGUACGUCCUCUCCAACAAAUUCGACACGAUGGGCAUUUACACGACGUUCUCAAUCGGCGGCAACUACAUCCACUGCGACUGCAACACGGAGAAAGUUCUUAAGCCGUGGCUGCUGGAGAACUUCCGCAACAUCCCGGACUACCGCGCGCUGCAGUGCGAGGGCGGCGGCGCCGUGGCCGAGCUGGCGGAGGGCGACGUGUGUCACUCGCCGCGCGACUGGACCGACUACAUCUACUACAUCAUCGGGCUGGAGGUGCUGGUGCUGGUGCUGCUGGUGGCCAAGGUGCUCUACGACUACUGGGUGUUCAAGAGCGCCGGCUACCUGCCCUGGCCCGCCAACAAGAUGCCGCGCCUGCCCUGCGACUGGCUCUGCGAG